AUGGCCUCUUUGUUAUGCCGUCAACUUUUUGGUUCAACAACUCGUUCUCUGAAAUGCACUCGAUUCAUUCACGCAACAUUGUCGCGAUUUCUUCCAACCGUCCAAUUCAAACUCUCAGAUAUUGGCGAGGGUAUCGCAGAAGUUCAGGUGAAAGAAUGGCAUGUGAAAGUGGGUGAUCGUGUUUCACAGUUUGAUGAUCUUUGCGAAGUGCAAAGUGAUAAAGCAACUGUUACGAUCACGAGUCGCUAUGAUGGUAUCAUUAAGAAACUUUAUUACAAUGUAGAUGACGUUGCUAAAGUAGGAAGUACGCUAAUCGAUAUCGAGGUAGAAGAUGACGCUGGAUCUGAAGACGUUUCCGCAUCUGAUAAAACUGCUGAUGCAGCCCAUUCAGAAGAAGCACCUAAACCUGAAAGUGCAUCAUCGAGUACACCAGAGGCACCUCAAACUCUUGGAAAGGCAGUCGCCGCUCCCGCUGUUAGACGAAUCGCAAUGGAACAUAAGGUUGAUCUGAGCAAAGUUCAUGGUACUGGUAAAGACGGUCGUGUUCUUAAGGAAGAUAUUCUUAGAUUCAUUGGACACUUACCAGAAGUAUCUCCAGAGGUUCCUUCUGCAAAGCAAACACCAUCAUUAGAGGCAGUUAAAGUGACGACGCCCUCUAAGAAGUUUUCACCUCUGAAAGCUGAUGAAACGAAACCGAUUCGUGGUUAUACACGCGCAAUGAUUAAGUCAAUGAGUGAAGCGCUCAAAAUUCCACAUUUUGGUUACAAUGACGAGAUCGUGAUGGACAAAUUAAUUGAAAUGCGUAACCAACUGAAAGAAUUAUCGAAAGAUCGUGGCAUCAAAAUGACGUAUACUCCAAUUUUCAUCAAAGCAUACUCACUUGCUCUUCGGCAAUUUCCAGUUAUCAACGCAACCGUUGAUGCAAAACUUGAAAAUAUUACUUAUAAGGCUUCGCAUAAUAUUUGUGUGGCAAUGGACACACCAGAUGGAUUAAUAGUACCAAAUAUAAAGAACUGUGAGCAACGCAAUAUUUGGGAAAUUGGUGUGGAGUUGAACAGGCUCAUGGAAGAUGCACGCAAGGGUGCAGUUGCUCCGAGUGAUCUUGCUGGAGGCACUUUCACAAUCUCGAAUAUAGGCGCCAUCGGUGGAACUUACGCUGGUCCUAUAAUCUUUCCACCGCAAUUGGCUAUUGUUGCACUCGGUAAAAUGCAACGUGUACCGCAUGUUGCUGAUGAUGACAGUUUUUGUGUGGUAAAUAAGGUGAAGUUAUCGUAUGCAGCCGAUCAUCGCUUUGUAGACGGUGCCACUGUAGCACGUUUUAGCAACACCUUCAAAAUGUACAUCGAAAAUCCGAAUCUG